AUGCCCAUGCAGCCCCCGCCUCAGCCACCCCACCAACACUUCAACCCGAACGCAAUGUCGCCACCUCCGAAUAUGAAUGGCAUCGACGCUGCUAGCAGAGGAAUGGCAUCCUCUCGUUACUCUCCCUCUUCAAACGGAUCUGCGAUGGCCUUCCAUCCACCCAACCGUGUUGGAUCUCACGAAUCUUAUUCAAACUCGCUUCCACCAACAUCGCCGCAAGGAGCUCCUUCUAUUCAGCUUCAGGAUGCUCCUGCUUCCAGUCCGCGCUUCGUCUCAAAUAACAUCAGCAAUCAGGACGCUUCCUUUGGUUCCUCUGUAACCUCGUCACAACCAUCCGGCUCGAGAUAUCGUCGCAUACGCCCAGACACGGAAGAGAUCAAGCGUGUCGGUCGCUCUCACUAUGUCGAGCUUCUUGGCUUCCUCCGAAGUCAUCUCGCCAAGGUUGAACAGACAGCACCAAGAUCCAAUGCUCGCGAAAAGCUCACUCGUCUUAGCAAGCAACAGUUUACCGAGCUCUCCACUGAUGUCUAUGAUGAGCUCGUGCGACGCCAGAACAAUGCAAAGAACGGCAACAGCCAACCCUUCCUUGCGGUGCGCGAUGAGUUCCACCCGAAAAGGAAUCAGGCUAGACAAAAGCUUGCAACGCUGCCAAAGAACCGAUUCAAGGAUCUGGCCUCCGACGUCUUCUUUGAGCUCGAGCGAAGAUUCCCCGAACUCAAGCAAGAGUUUCGUCCCGAAGCUAUCGCCCGUGACAAAGCGCGAGAGCAGCAGAUGCGAGACGAGGCAGAAGCGGUAUUGCAACGCAAAGACUCGAUCGGUCAACCACAGCCCUCCACCUCGGACCGCAUCGUUCCUGCCAAGAGCACACUCGUCGAAGAAGACAUCACCGUGCCAUACUCGGUUAGCGGAUCCAAAGCGGCUGAUCGCAGCCUCGACAACAUCUCGGAACGCGUUUCCUCACCCUUGCGCGACUCGAUGGGAUCCAAUGGCGCCAACGGCAUCGCAGACAAUCGCAGCACCAUGUAUAGUCAAGCAAGCAGCAUUGGUACGGGCUUCUUUAACGGCUAUACAGCUGGUAGCAUUGCAAGCCCCAGCUUGGGACGAUCCAGUGCCUUCGAGACGGAUGCAUCAUCUGCUAUGAUGGAAAAAAUGCGGUCCGAUUACGAGCUUCGCAUCGCCAAGCUGCAACAGCAAGUCAGCUCACUCGAGUCUCAGGUUGCUGAAGCUGCGCCGCGCGCACGCAAAGCCGAUGAGCUGGCUGGUCGCAACGAAGAGCUCAACAAACAGCUAACACAGCUGCGCAACGAGCUCCAAGAGGCAAAGCAGAAGCACCAAGAUGAUCGCCAACGUCAUCGCGCUUUCACCACAGAGAAGCAAUCCGAGAUCGAGUCAAUCAGGAGAGAGUUGCAGCAGAAGGCCGAGAUCGCUGGACAGGCCGACUUUGAAGCAUUGCAAAAGGAGCAUGCACAGCAAGCCGAGGUGGUGAGCGAACUCAAGCAGGAAGUGAGCAAUCUCUUGGAGGAGCUUCGUGGUCUCUCAGCGCGCAACGACGAGAUGCAGGCGGAUAGGGACAACGACGUGACCGUCAUCAAGGACUUGAAUGCACAGAUGGCCAACUACAAGCGACUCUAUGAGACAGCCAAGACAGAACUGCGCAAUCUCAAAGCCACAUCGCAGCUGUACGUUCAGCCGCCAAAAGCAGAUGGCUUCUUGCCAGCUUCGGACAAGGGUGCGAUUGCCGAUGUCAACCUCACAGCGUUCCAGAGCUCGAUCGAUGAGCUGUUGGCAGCGGCGCGAUCCAAGACGCCAGGCAACGUGCUUUUGUCGAUGAAGACAGUCGUGCUGGCAACAACGCUGGUGACGGACGAUGUUUCCAAGUACGAACAGAUCCCUGCCAACCUGGCUGAGUUGUCGCCCGAAGAGCAGGAAGAGCUGAUGGCACUCAAGUCCAAAUGCUCGGCAACACUCAACAACCUGAUGACUGCAUGCCGCAACCACGCCUCUUCGCAUGGACUCUCACCGGUCAGCUUGUUGGACGCCGCUGCAAGCCAUGUCUCUGCUACAAUUGUCGAUUUGGUCAAGCUGCUCAAAGUGCGUAAGGCGAGCAAGAUCGAAACGGACGAAUUUCAGGCGACGUUCGGCGAGGUUUCGGUAGCAGCACGACUGAAGCCGUUGCAUAUCAACGCACAGUCAGCCAACCGUGAGGCAAGCGCAACUUUGUCGCCCAACACGGCCAACUCGUACAGCUUUGCGAGUCUCAAUCCUAGCUCGGCGGCUGGCGACGACCGCUUCUCGCCGCGCAUCCGCAACAGUCCUACCAUGGGUCGAUACUCGCCCAUCGGGUACAAAGCCGAGACGAUCCGUAAGGACUCGAGCGGUGAGAACGAGUGGCGCAGUCGAACGACCUCGAUCUCUUCGUUGGCAAGUGUCAACGCAAGCACACCAAGCAUGGCAGCGAUGGCCGAGAUGCGCAACUCGCACGGUGCCAAACGCUUGAUGGCGGAUGCUAAGCCCACAGCAGCGAUUGAAGGUGUCAAUGGCAUGUUGCCACGCAGCGGAGCAGCAUCGCCAUCUGCUCGAACGUCGGACAGCCAAGUGCAGCGAUCCGAAACGUACGACAGCCUUGACACGACCACCUCUGCGAGCGGAAGCGGAUUCGAGAGCCAGAACGGUGAAGAGAACUGGUCAGAACUGCGCAACUACAUUGAAGUGCAAACCGAGGCUAUCGUGCACUCGAUCCAAGCCCUUCUCUCUGCCAUCCGCGAGGGAGCGCAGGGUGUGCAGCUCAGCGAGAACCUCACUCAGAUCACUACCAUCGUUUCAUCGAUUGUAGCCAUCUCGAAGGGCAACUUGCCAGCCAAGAGCAGGAGCGAGGGAGAGAGGAUUUUGGACCAGUUGACGGACAACUGCGAGAAGCUGAGCGAGAUGCAAGGACAGGAAGCAUUUGACAAGAGCACCAAGUCGACGAUGGCUAGCGCAUCUUACGGCGUUGCAAAGGGAUUGAAGGCGCUCAAUGUGCUGUUCAAUGAUGCUGAUCUUUUGCAGUAG